UUCAAGUUGAACGUUACAGAGGCGGGCGAUCGUGACAGUCCUUGCUACAUACACACUAAACCAACUCGGCUGGAAACAUUUCUCAUAAAAUAAUCAUCUUCGCUAGGACAUUUCAAUAUUUAUUAUAAAUCAAAUCAAUUGACGAAUUUACACAGGCCCAGCCAAUAUAUAACCCAACCAGUUAUAUAUCAACAAGAGAAAAAAAAACAAAGAGAGCGAUAGAGAUUAUUGGAAUAAAGAUAAACGUGACAAGAGAUACGAUGGCCGCCAACGGCGGGCGUCAAGUUCACGUCAGUGCUGUAUCCUCGUUAUUUCACAGUGUAGCGUGUCAAUUUGUGCUCGUGUCUUGGCCACCAUUACGCCUAUACACGUCGUGCGUGUGUCUGCUCCGCUUAUACUGAAAGUCAAGUGGAUAUUUUAAAUCACAGUGGAAAUAACGAGAAACGUGCUCUUUUUAUAUGUGUGUUAUGUAUAUGUGCGCGCGCGGUUAACGCCCGGAAAAAAAAAAGCCCAGAGAGGUGCGUGUGGACAGCAUCGACACGAUAACAACACUCGUGUGUUUGUUUAGUAUUUUUCGUUUUUUCCAUUAUUUCCGUGACCUCCAGUAGUGUGUAAUUAAUUAGUAGAAUAUAAUUCCUAAUUAUUAGUGCUGCACUCUAGAUAAUAGGAUAAUAAAGAGUGCAUAUAAGUUACCUCGAAAAAGAAAAAUACAAGCAAUAUUAUCUCGUUCAGUGGUUCAUCAUGCGGUAGUUUCUACGGCCACUUUAUACGUGGCUAUAUACAUACAAUCAACAGUGUGGUGUAGUGCUCACCACUCCUUUACUUGGCUGAUCAACUGACCGUCGGCAACGCAUGCUGCUCGUGUAAACGUGUGUACAUUAUUCUCUCGCUUAUAUUUUUAUUUACGUUCGUUCGGUCGGCCGGUGUUGUUGAUAUUUCAUCAGUCUUCCUAAACUAUCAUUCCAGUGUUCCAUAUUUUUGUUUUUUUCACCUCUCUAACCUUCAUUCAACAUUUCCAUGUGAUAUUUAUCCAGUGAUUUAAAGUGAAAUAAAACGAUCAAAUAAUUAAUGCGGAUUAAAACAAAGUGAAGCUACUAUUCUCGAAAGGGAGCUGGGUCUCUUGUCAAAGUGGUAAAACUACGUCUGCACCAUACGAAAGAACGCCGUGAAAAAAAAAAGACGAUAACCUGCCAGCAGUGGCGCGCUAACGCCCGAUCAGUCCCGUCGGACGGUCGGAGCGCAUAACAAUAAUGCCGCACGUGAGUAGCAGUGGCGGCGGCGAUGAUCUCGGUAGUGAAGAUGAGGUCAAGGUUUUCAAGGAUGAGGGCGAAGACGAAAAGAGAUCCUCUGAAAAUCUCACGGAGGAAAAGAGUUCACUCAUUGAUCUCACGGAAUCAGAGGAGAAGGGCUCACUCGCGGGUGGCAGCUAUUCGACAACGGGAAAGGCCUCAACGAGGUCUGAUCUCAGUCCAGUUUUCGGAAAGGUGGACCCAACGCCGCACACCUCCUCGUUCAACAUGGGCUACCUUGUCUCGCCGUACCCCUACCCGAACGGUGCCGGAGGACCUAUACCUGUCUCUAUGGCGAGUAAAAUGGGCCUGGCGGGUACACAUCCGAGUGGAUUACCGGCAUUUUUCUGUCCAAACGGUGAACACCUGACACAACCCCCGCCUGCACACAUGGGAAUACCGCCUUACGGAGCGCUGGACGCGGGCAAGGCGGCAGCGGCGGCUGGUGAGUACUGGCCACCAUCAUCACACGGCUCACCCACACACGCAACAAACUGGAAGCGACUUCUAGCAGCAGCAGCUUCCACAGGUCUGACAAGAGCACCUAUGUACCCAUUCUCCACAGGCCAGUAUCCCUAUCCAAUGCUGAGUCCAGAGAUGACGCAAGUAGCUGCAUCUUGGCACACACCAAGCAUGUAUCCCAUUUCCCCGGCGAGUGCAGGCUUCAGGAGUCCGUAUCCCACGAGUUUACCCAUCACAAGUUCCAGUUUACCAAGUGAUCUCUAUCGGUUUUCACCGACCGGCCUUAUGCCACCUCACCCCGGACUGAGUCCGCAUGCACAUGCGCUGGCGUCCCACGCACUAGUGUCAUCAGCGCCCAAAGCGGAUCACUCAACCUUGGAUCACAAUCACAGGUCUUCGAUAGAUCAAAAAAAUUCAACAUCAUUAUCAUCGGACAACACAAAAACACAGGAUACUGGCCAACAAAAUAAUCAAGAUAAAAAGAAGCCUCAUAUAAAAAAGCCUUUAAAUGCAUUUAUGCUGUAUAUGAAGGAAAUGAGAGCAAAAGUUGUGGCAGAGUGUACCUUAAAAGAGAGUGCUGCGAUCAACCAGAUUCUUGGAAGGCGGUGGCAUUCGCUAAGCCGAGAGGAGCAGGCGCGGUAUUAUGAGGCGGCCAGGCAGGAGCGCCACCUACACCAGCAACGCUACCCCGGCUGGAGUGCCAGGGAUAACUACGGAUACGGCAGCAAGAAGAAGAAGAGGAAGAAAGAGCGAUCCACAGAUCCCACCGGAGGUAACAACAUGAAGAAAUGUCGUGCUAGGUAUGGAUUAGAUCAACAAAGUCAAUGGUGUAAACCCUGCAGACGUAAGAAGAAAUGUAUCAGAUACAUGGGGGAGGGAGGAGACGGUGACGGUGAGGGUGAUGGUGACGGUGAUGACGAUCACUCUGAGGAUAAUCUCGGUAGUGUGGGUGAGGCUGGUACACCCGAGGAUGACGAGUCAUUGAGUAGUCCCGGUGGACUAUCAGCAUUGUCUAGUCUAGCGAGUCCAUCACUGGUGAUGCCAUCGCCAUCGAGUCUAGCCAGUCCAUGUCCAUGCCCUCUUACCCCACCAGUGCCACUACCACAAUUGCCUCAAAAUUCAAAUCAAGUGCAGGCAGCACCACCUCAUCGAAAUCCCGUCGGCACAAAUCCUCACGAUAUUAAUAAUCCGCUCAGCGUUAACCAAUUGACUGGACAGUGUAUAAAGAGUGAAGUUGGACAAGGACCAUCGGGCCCAUCAAAUUCAGCGAUCAGUGUUACGUAGCCCUGGGCAGCCCCAAGUGACAAGACUCUUAAAUUCAAUGUCAUCGGGGUUCACUUAUAUCUAAUAAUAUUCGGAUUUAUUGGAUGACCAUUGGUGAAUCCAAUGAUUUUAUAGCAAUCACUGGUCAUUGUCCGAAUGAAAAAUACCAACUCUAAAUGUUAACGAAGAAGUGAGAAGAUUAUUGAAAAGAAAAAAACAAAUAAUAAAUAAUGAUUCAUAAAUACUCAGGACCAAGUGUCUAGCUGUAAGUCACCCCCACUCAUGAUGCCACGUGCAAUGUCAAGUGACUGAUAGAAAAAAAAAACAAAAUGUAAUUUAAAAAAUGCGAAUAUAGUAAAAAUUGCAUUAUGAAGUGCGAGUGACUUAGCUUGUAGUCCUUGUUACAUUGUGAUGCCCAUGACUGACAAGUCAUGUUCCUGUGCCAGGUACUAUAUAAAGAUAAAUGAUAAAGUAAUAAAAGGAAUAAAACAAAACGAAUGAAAAAAAGCAACCAGAAAUUGAUGAUUAACACAGAUGAUUUACCUUAAGCCGUAUCAUUAAUUUCUAUUCAAACUCCAUAUUUCGAGACACUUACGUGUAUGCAAUUUGUUAUUUUUUUUAAAGUCUAUAUAUUCGCGAUUAAUUAGCCUGUAAGAUCAUUUUUUAUAGUUCAAAGUCGUUACUCUUAGUUUUUUCCCUUGAAAUUAAAAUGAAAACAUGGAAAUUUUUCAAGUCGACUGGCCCCUGAAUGCACCUCUUAUCAAAUAAUUUCUCUUCUUUCGUUUUAUUUUUCCUCAUUAUCUCGAAAAAAAACUGACCGUGGAUCUCCAAUGUCCAUUAUUAUGAGAUCGAUGCUCUUGUGUAUGACCAGUCAUUCUUGAGAAAUUUUUUUACUCUCGAUUAUCAUUCAAUCGAACUCCUUCAUCAUACACAAUAACAUCAACUCCAUAAUAUUGACUUAUUUAAGAACUCACCUAUGGUGAAUAAGAGGAAUAUUCCAAUAAAUAAUGAACAAAAGCAAAACUAUUGAUUCUUCAAAAAUCAAUACUAGAUAUACUUGAUUUAUUAAGUCUGCCAAAUUUUCUUUACAACAACUAUUUUUGUACGUGAAAAAAAAAAGAAAUUGUAAGGAGACAUACAUUUUAACUCAUUGUCUUUAUUAUGCAUGCUUGUUGAUUGUAAAUUUUAUAUUUGAUUUAUGUUAUGACACGAGGAGAAAGUGUGAAUGAUAUGAAUUUUUUAAUUACCUUGGCACUGAAAAUUUGUUUGUCCUCUUUCAUAUUAUAUUUGAUUUUCCAUAAAUAUUGGCGACUGGAUUUCGUGAAUAAUUCCUCUGUGCAAUUGUAAAUGUAAUUUUUAAAAUUUUAUCUGCGUUAUUAAACCACUACUUUCUUAUUAUUUUCGUCAAUAAAAAAAAAACAACCGAAUUAUGAUAGACUCAUGAUUACUGUAAACUAGGAGAAAACGAUGCAAAAUUUGUACAAUAAAGUCACACAGAUUUAUGAUACAUUCCGGUGCAAUCUGUCCUAUCAUUACACCAGUCAACAGUGAAAACUAACAGGGAAAAAAAAUGGGAGGAAUAAAGGGCCGAUAGAAAUGUUUUUCGAUCACUCAUUAGACGACAGUUGAUGUAAAUAAAGAAAAUACAUUUAAGAUGCAUUUAUGACGAAAUGGGGAAAGUGCAAUGAGGAGAGACUGUAUGAAAAAUAAGCAAAAAUGAGUGACAAAAGCAAAUAAAAAUGUAUACGCUAUGCUAAUUGGAUCCAUGAAUACAUGUUGGUUGGGAGGAACGAUUUCUUGACUGAAAAAAACUAUAAAAAAAAUAUGUGUACAGGGGAAAACCUCUAAUUACUUGUAAUACGUCACUGAAUAGUAAAACUGAAUGUGCCAUACGAACAUCAUGCCAAUAUUAUUGAUAAUACGAUAUUUUUUACCAUUUCAAUCCCAGGCUGCACUCUGUCAGUUGUAGAUUAAAAAAAAAGGAUUGAUUAUAGUAUUUUUCCACCUUGUUCUCUUCAACAUAUUGUGUUCCAUUCAUCUCCAUCUCAUCCAUGAAUCAUUUCGUAUUAUAUAGAACUCUUGUGUGAUACUCUCUAACGAAUUUGAUUUCCCCACAAAUCAAGAAAAUUUCUUUGACAAAAAAUACUGACAGACGUGAUUACAGAGCAAAUAAAUAAUUGACAAAGUGAACAAAUAAAAAGAGUAUUAAAUUAUAUUUUAUGCCUGCUGUACGACAUUGUGAUGUGAGUAAUGAUGAACCAGAUCUCAAUGGGUACUGGGGACCAAAAUUAAUAAGGACUGGGCAUCACUUGCAUCAUUGAACCGUUGGUGACUACGGAGGAACGACAUUCACUGACAAGAAUGUUAAUUUCCUCAAUUUAAUGAUUGAAAAAAGUACAAUCAAUUGACUGGAGUGACUAAAUUCAUUGUACAAUUCAACAAUAAUAAAGAAAAAUUCCACAACAAUGGCCUAGGUGAACCAUACUCGUUGUGUAAACUCAAUGAAGAGCUAUAAAUAAAUAAAUGAAUAAAUAAAUAAAUCCAAAAGGUCACGAGAAUAACAAUUAAUAUCGAAAUGGCGAAAAAGGGACGCGAGCCUUCCGUGAGCUCGAAUUGUUUCAAAAGUGCUUGUAUCAUAUUGUAAAGUAAAAAAAAAAUAAUAACGAUAAUGUCAGUUUUCUGCUGCGUUGUACAGUGUUUUCUAAGUAUCUAGUUUAUAGACUGUAAUAAGUGAGACAUUGUAUUUACAUUUACUAAGUGAUCUGUAUCAAAUUCGAAUUCUCGUAUAGCCUGUAUCCCUACUUAUUGUAGAUGCUGAAAAAUCAAUUGUGUCAUGAAUCUACAAAUAAAAUUAGAAAUUUGAGAAUGUUGUUCUACUAUGACAGAAA